AUGUUAAGUUUGCAAGCUAAAACGGGGCCCAUGUCCCCUAAGGACACAAAUAUUGUGUCAGGAAAAUCGAUAGACAACGCGACUCCGCGGGACCCUGUUGAAACUGUGAAGACUAAGCUUUGCAAACGAGACCGCGAUAAUGAUAUUGGUCAGGGUCAAGAAAAUAGUGGUAUUCCUAUAAAAAAUUCACAAUCAAAGAAUCAAGACAGUUCACUUUCGAAUAUCGAAAGUAAUACUCAUGAACGUUCAUCAAAGGAUAAAACUGUGAAGGCUAAGGAGAGUUCGACAACAUCUGCCCCUGACACGUCAAAGCAGAGCGAGCUUCCAUCACAGAAAACAAAUCCCUCUGUAACUCAGUCGGAUUCUCCAGUAAACUGGACUGGUGCAAAUCAAAAUAUCGUCAUGAUGCCCAACAAUGUACCUAUGAAUGUACAAGGGAUGACCCCUAAUAUGGUUCCUCCACCCAAUAUGAUAUUUACGAAUAUGCUGGCUUCUGGCAUGAUUCCUCCAAAUAUGAUUCCUCCUGGUAUGGUUCCUGCUAAUAUGAUUUCUCCUAAUGCUAUUCCGCCAACUACUAUUCCACUCAAUAUGAUCCCACCUCAAAUGAUCCCACCUCAUAUGCUACCGCCCAAUAUGGUCUCUCCUCCAUUUCUACCAUCUGGCAUGAUCCCAGUUUCAACAAUACAAGAUGGAGAAUCCACACCCUCACCCGAACGGCCAAACAAAAAACAAAAGAUUGGCAAAACUAAAGAAGAACGUGAACAGGAACGUUUGGACAAGGAGAAUGAACGCCUAGCAAAGCUAGAAGCUGAACAGCAGAAAAAAGCUGAGAAGAUGGCUGAGAAAAUGGCUGAAAAGCAGAGAAGAGAGGAAGAAAAAGAAGAGAAGAAAAGGCAGAAAGAAGAGGAAAAACGACUAAAAGAAGAAGAGAAGCGUUUGAAAGAAGCUGCCAAAGAAGAAGAGAAACGACAAAAAGAAGAGGAGAAGCGAUUAAAAGAAGCGGCAAAAGAAGAAGAAAGACGUCAAAAGGAGGAAGAGAAAAGAUUAAAAGAAGAAGCCAAAGAGCAAGCACGACUAAAAGAAGAACGAAAGCAGUUACGAAUGGAUCGAUUCUUCAAAAAAGUGCAAAAGCCAACGUCUGCUGAAACUCCAGCUGGAUCAUCAGAGUCGAAAGAAGCUAGAAGUUUCUCGUCUUCUAUAAUUGACGAUUCCAAUAACUCUUCUUUGAAUGCUACUAAAUCAACUGCCAGCGAAUCCACUGCCUCUGUUGAGAGCAGUAGCAAUGGCAGUGAAAAUUCCACAGAGGAGUCGAAAGCUGAUUUAAAUACCUCUCCGUGUACCUUUGACGAAAUAUUCCUUCCCUUCCACAUCAAAGUCGAUACCACUCUGUGUGCUCGUGAUUCUUGGAUUGAGAAACGCGCUCGUAACGAAUUACCAUCGACAGAUAUUGACAUCUUUUUGAAGACGAACAAGCAACAGAGAGGUUUCUCACCUGAUAAGACAACAGUUGAGAUUAUUCAACUCAUGAACACGGGCUCACUCACUGAAUCAAGGGUAAUGGAGCUUCUAAAUAAACUGCCGAGACGACAUCUCAAGUUCGCAGAGAAUAUUCGACCACCAUAUGUUGGUACCUUUUCGAAACCAACACCUAGAAUAAUGGUUAUUCAGCCCUGGAAAAGAUUUAUAGCUCCUCAAGACACGAACCCCGAAACUCUCGUCUCUACCACAGAUUUAAUACCUGACACUACUCGUGUCGAAUUGGGGAACUCACUGCUAUCUAUCAAUUAUGACUAUGAUAGUGACUAUGACUGGGUAAAUGAUAAUGAAGAAGGCGACGAGGAAAUUGGAGAGGAUAUUGGAGAAGAAGAUGAAAGCGAGUCUGACGACGAUGACAAUGAAAUGGCUGGGUUUGUGGAAGAUGAGUCUGAUACCCCGACCCCCUCAAGUAGCAGCGAUGAAGGUUCACCAACCAACACCAACCGUCGUCGCAUUAUUGGACCUCUUGCAUCUCUGGUAGCCUGGAAUGACGGAACUGAGCCUCAUAUUUUUGAUCACAUGGAAACAGCACUUCUAAUAGACCUUAAAGGUGAUGCAUCUAUUGAUCCAUUCAAAGACUAUUGGGCCUCCUCGCCAGCUGAAGCUACUGCUGUUGGGACUGCUCUACCAUCGACCGCAUCGCCAACAUCGUCUGCCACAGCAACACCUGCAAAACUUAUUCCUGACCACCUUCUACGAGAUUUCCUCACGAAAAUUCAGGGUAGUGACAAAAACCAGACACUUCUCGUCGAGACCCUCAAAAUUGAGUUUAACUCGGUAUCGAAAUCCACUAUUCGAGACACUAUCAAGGCAUGUGCAAAACGUGUGGGUGCCAAAGAAAACGACAAACGCUGGGUCAUUAACCCUCCAUUUGCCGACAAAUACGGCAUCCUCACAGCCCCCACAACCAACUCCACUUCUACGACGCGGCAGGCAUCGCCAUUUUUAGCUGGUAACUAA